AUGGCGGCGGCGCUGUGGGCGCUGUGGGCGCUGCUGGCGGCGCUGCCGGGCCCGGGGGCCGCGGGGGCCGCGCAGGUCCCGCUGUUCGUGUGGAGCACGGAGCGGGCCCUGUGGCCCCCCCUGGCCUCCCCCGGGGGUCGGGUCCUGUCCGGGCAGGAGCUGCAGGAGCUGCUGGAGCCGGGGCUGCAGCGGGGCCCGCGCACCGUGCUGCUCUUCCUGCAGGACCAGCUCAGCCUGGAGGACCUCACGGCUUUCGGGGCCGUUUUUGGGAACGAAGCCAACGGAGCCUUCCCACGGCUGCAGGACGCCCUGGGCUCGGCGGGGUCAGCGCUCACCAUCCCCUCGGUGGCCGGAGCCGCUGCGGCCGCGCUGCCCCUGACCCUACAGAGGGCCCUGGGGGCCCCUCCCCCCCUGCAGCUGCCCGGGGCGGCUCUGGGGGGGCUCAGGUUGAACCGGUCGGACCCCGAGAGUGACCCCGAGCCCACCCUGCUGCUCGUGGGGCUGCCCCAUAGCAGGAGCUCUGGCCUGAUGGGACCCAGGGAGGCUCUGACCAGUAAUGACGCCGUGCUCGGGCAGGUGCUGCAGGUGCUGCACGAGGAGCAGAUCCCGUACACGGCUCUGCUCACGGCCCGGAGAGCCACGGCCCCCCCCAUUCCCGGCCCAUUCCCGGUGAAUUUUGGGGGUUCCCGGCGGGGUCUGCUGGGGCUGGGUGGGGGAGGGGAGGGCCAGGAGCCGCCCCCCCCCCCUGCGCUGGCCCCCCCAGUCCCAGGGGGAUCCCCAAAUCCUGCUCUGGGCCCGGAACCUCUCGGUGACCUUCGGGGGGCGCGGCCGCGACCUCACCCCAAAAACCUUCGGGGCUGCGGCCGGCGUGGAUUUGGGGGGGUCCUCGUGGAGUCCCCAGGAGGCGCGGCUCGUGCUGCGGUACCAGGAGGUUUUUGGGGAGCCCCUGAACAUCACGUUCCUCCUGCGCCGUUCGUGGUUCCCGAUUUCGGGGCGUUUUUGGGCGUGGUUGGAUGAAAUUUGGGUGAGCCCGGGGGGGGCUCCCCCCGCUCGGUUUCGGGUUCGGGGCGCGGCCGCCCCCUCCCCCCUGGGCUGGCGCUGCUCCGAUUUUGGGACCCCCGGACCCCUCCUGCUGCCCCUCCCCCCCUGGAGAGCAGCCAGCGCUGGGGCUGAGGAUCCUCGACCUGCAGGUCCAGGGGUUCAACGUGUCCGGGGGAGUUUUUGGGGGGGUCUCGGACUGCGCCUCGUUCUUCGGGCCGGGGGGCCUGGAUGGGGCUGAUUUCGGGGGGGCUCCUGCUGGGGGGGCUCCUGCUGGGGGGGGCCGCGCUGCUGGGGCUGCGCCCCAUGGAUCGCUUCGACGACCCCCGGGGGACCCCCCCUGCCCGUGCCCCUCAGCGAGUGAAAAUCGCCCCCACAGUGUCCCCAAAAAUCGCCUAAAAUAGCCCCAAAAAUUCCCUAAAAUAGCCCCAAAAAUUCCCUAAAAUAGCCCCAAAAAUUCCCUAAAAUAGCCCCAAAAAUCCCCAAAAAUAGCCCCAAAAAUUCCCAAAAAUAGCCCCAAAAAUUCCCUAAAAUAGCCCCAAAAAUCCCCAAAAAAUAGCCCCAAAAAUUCCCAAAAAUAGCCCCAAAAAUUCCCUAAAAUAGCCCCAAAAAUUCCCUAAAAUAGCCCCAAAAAUCCCCAAAAAUAGCCCCAAAAAUCCUCAAAAAUAGCCCCAAAAAUCGCCUAAAAUAGCCCCAAAAAUCCCAAAAAAUAGCCCCAAAAAUAUCCCCAAAAAUCCCCUAAAAUAGCCCCAAAAAUCCCCUAAAAUAACCCCAAAAAUUCCCUAAAAUAGCCCCAAAAACUCCCUAAAAUAGCCCCAAAAAUUCCCAAAAAUCGCCCCAAAAAUCCCAAAAAAUAGCCCCAAAAAUCCCAAAAAAUAGCCCCAAAAAUAUCCCCAAAAAUCCCCUAAAAUAGCCCCAAAAAUCCCAAAAAAUAGCCCCAAAAAUCGCCUAAAAUAGCCCCAAAAAUUCCUAAAAAUAGCCCCAAAAAUCCCCUAAAAUAACCCCAAAAAUUCCCAAAAAUAGCCCCAAAAAUCCUCAAAAAUAACCCCAAAAAUUCCCAAAAAUAGCCCCCAAAAUCCCCCAAAAUAGCCCCAAAAAUCCCAAUUUCCUAAAAAAAAUCCCCCCAAUUUCCCCUAAAACCCCCCAGAAUUCCCCCCAGUUUCCCCAAAAAUCCUCCCAUCAAUCCCCAAAAGAGCCCCAAAAAUUUCCCCAAAAAAUCUUCUCAAAAAUCCCCCCAAAUUUCCCCAAAAAUCCCCUAAAAAUCCCAAAUUUCCCCUAAAAUUCCCCCAAAGUUACCCCAAAAUCUCCCCAAAAUUCCCAUCAAAAUCCCUCAAAUUUCCCCCCAAAUCCAGGAAGAAUUCCCAAAAAAAAUUGGAGAGACCCCCCCAUGAAAUCAGGGGGAAACCCCCCAAAAAAUGGGAGAAAAAUUCCCAAAAAUGGGAGAAAAAUUCCCAAAAAUUGGAGAGAAAUUCCCAAAAUUUGGGAAAUUCCCAAAAUGGGAGAGAAAUUCCCAAAAAUUGAAGAGAAAUUCCCAACAAUUGGAGAAAAAUUCCCAAAAUUUGAGAAAAAUUCCGAAAAAUCGGAGGAAAAAAUUCCCAAAAAUUGGAGAAAAAUUCCCAAAAAUCGGAGGAAAAAAUUCCCAAAAAUUGGAGGAAAAAAUUCCCAAAAAUUGGAGGAAAAAUUCCCAAAAAUGGGAGAGAAAUUCCCAAAAAUGGGAGAGAAAUUCCCAACAAUUGGAGAAAAAUUCCCAAAAUUUGGGAAAUUCCCAAAAUUGGAGAAAAAUUUCCAAAAUUGGAGAGAAAUUGACAAAAUUUGGAGAGAAAUUCCCAAAAUUGGAGAAAAAUUCCCAAAAAUUGGGAGAAAAAAAAAUCCCAAAAUUGGAGAGAAAUUGACAAAAAUUGGAGAAAAAUUCCCCAAAAUUCAAGCGAAGCCCCCAAAAUCUGCCGGAGCCCCUCCCCCACUGGAGCCCCCUCCCCUCCCCCAUUUUUGGGGCCCUCCCCUCCCCCCCUCCCGGGAGCUCCCGGUGCCCCCAGACCGCCCCGAGGGGGGAGGGGCGGGUUUGGGGGACCCCUCCCCCCCCUAUUUAUUGUUGCUGUUGUGUCAAUAAAGAACCGGGACCCCAAA